AUGGCGACCCUCACCGGACCCCGGGCGCCCUGGCCCGAGGCCACCGUCUCUAGGAUACUCCUCCUCGGCUGGGUCCUCGUCCGGGCGGCCGGAGCAUCAGGUGUCAUGGUAGCAUAUAAUUUAACUUGGAAAUCAACUAAUUUCAAGACUAUUUUGGAGUGGGAACCCAAACCUAUCAAUCAUGUCUACACUGUUCAGAUCAGCCGUAUAUUAGGAAAUUGGAAGAGCAAAUGCUACUCCACAACAAACACGGAGUGUGACCUCACCGAUGAGAUUGUAAAAGACGUGAAGCAGACCUACACAGCACGGGUCCUUUCCACGGCUGCAAAUGCCACCAGUUACACUGGGGAGCUGGUGUACAGGAACUCCCCAGAGUUCACACCUUACUUAGAGACAAACCUUGGACGGCCAACAAUUCAGAGUUUUGAGCAAGUUGGAACAAAACUGAAUGUGACCGUACAGGAUGCACAGACCUUAGUGAGAAGGAAUGGCACAUUCCUGAGCCUCCGGGAUGUCUUUGGCAAGGACUUAAGUUACACGCUUUAUUAUUGGAAAGCUUCAAGUACAGGAAAGAAAACAGCCAAGACAGACACUAACGAGUUUUUGAUUGAUGUGGAAAAAGGAGAAGACUAUUGUUUCAAUGUUCAAGCAGUGAUUCCAUCACGAAAAGCUAACCAGAAGAGCCCAGAAAGUGCCAUUGAGUGCACUAGCCCUGAGAAAGGCGUGUUCAAAGACACGUUCUUCAUCGUCGGAGCAGUGGUGUUCGUGGUCAUCAUCUUCGUCAUCACCCUGGCCCUGUGUCUGUACAAGUGCAGGAAGGACAGAGCAAGGCGAGCUGGCAAGGAGAACUCCCCCCUCAGAGCUGCAUAAAGCAAGCGGCGCUGGAGCUGCCAACUUCUGCAGAGUUUAUAUUGCACUGUGACCAAGAACUUUUAAGAGAACAGAAUAUAUGAAAACAAAACUGAAUAUUUUGGAGCAUGGAGACCCUUGGGCCCAAAGAAAGUUCUUUAUCUGACUGUUCUCACGAUAGGCAUUCUGGUUUUGCCACCAGUGCUAGUCACUUUGGAAUGUAAUGAACGGUACGACCAAUUCCAAGUUUUUAAAUUUCUUUUUUUUAACACUAUGGCACCUUUUGCACAGAUCAUGCUUUAAACUGUAUGUUCUACACUCAAGACGAAACCAGGUCAUCUAAGCAAAAACAAAUGAACAAAUGCCUUAAAAAUCCUGGGUGGAAUUUUUGAGAACUUUCCAGAGGCUGACUUCAAACCAUGUGGGUGCAUAAAGUGGAAAUUGGGUGGGCUCUUCUAUCAUAUGUCUAUCCUUUUUAAAUGUGGUGUUUAGGUUCUUUUUUUUAAGAGAUUUUUGGGAGGUUUAAAACAAUCAGCAAACUUUUACAUGAAUGUGUUAUAUGCAGAAGACGUCUCCUUUGGGCACGUUCCCAGUAUGCAUUACAGUUUAGCACUUUAACUGACUUAAAUGCUGUUGAUUAAACACUUGAUAGCUAACUAUAUUUUUAUAAGACUACUAUACAAACCAACUACAUAAAGUUUAUGAUUUAAGGUACUUCAAGUUAUAUGGUCAACAUUGUGUAUAUUUAUAUAAUUUUUUAAAGGUUUUAUAUAUGGGGAUUUUCUAUUUAUAGAGGUAAUAUUGUUCUGUUUGUAUAUGUUGAGAUAAUUUAUUUAAUAUACUUUUAUAUAAAUAAAGGGACUUGGAAUUGUGA